UCCCUUCAGUGAACUGUAUAGAAAAGCGUGUAUAAUUCUAUAUAACUAUAUGAUCGAUAUCGGGUGCUGUAACCGAGGGAAGGAGGUACAAGCUAAACGCAAGAUGCCGAACGUCAUGAGAUAUAUAUGGGCAGGAACGUUGGGGCUCACAAUAUUAGUAAUUAUUGUGUAUUACUUCAACAAGUGGGUGAUGUCCUUGACUGACUACUCCUUGAAAGGGCGGAUAAUAAGGGCAGAGUUCAUUGUAUUUAUUCAAUCAGUACUUGGCUGUGUCUCAUAUUUUGUUUGGAGAAAUACAAAAAACAUUUUCUCCUUAAAGAAGAAGUCGCCCAAAAAUCUUGACAGAAACUCUGAAAGUAGGUUUCGAAGUGACACAGGUGGGCGGUUUUGGAAAUUAAUAAUUUUGGUAUAUUUUUUCCUAGCCCAUGGAAGUUACAUAAGUAAUGUAUUCUUUGUCCAGACCAAUCCUCAUAUGUACAGUGUUGUAUCUUACUUCAUGCUUGGAUUUCAUGUUCAAAUGGCCACAGGACUUGUACUAGUCACAAUUUUGAAUUUCUUUGUGAAACUAGUUUCUGAGCAGACACUAAGACACAGAGCGGCAGUUAUCAUGGCAAUCAUAUAUGCCGUAACAUUCAGUAUGUAUGGGUUUUACAAUACCAGAAAACUUCCCACCAUAACGAAUACAACAAUAUCUGUGAAGGACUUGCCCGACAAUUUAGAAGGACUUACGAUAACACAUAUACCUGAUAUCCACUUGGGGCCUGUGAAUGGAAGACGGGAAAUGAACAGGAUUGUCAAGAUGGUGAAUAAUAUUCACUCGGAUUUGGUGGUAAUCGUGGGGGACCUGGUAGACGGAGGACUAGAUGACCUCAGAAAGGCAGCAGAUCCAAUCAAGAACAUAAGGUCCAAGUAUGGUACCUUCUUUGUGACAGGAAAUCACGAGUACUAUGCAAGUGCUGUAGAUGACUGGUUUGUGUACCUGGAAUCUAUAGGUGUGACUGUGCUCCACAAUAGCAAUGUAAACCUACCAAAACAUGCCCCACCCUCUCAACAAAUCUGCCUUGUGGGAACAGAUGAUCUAGAGGCUUCACGGAUACAUUACAAGGACCACGGCUUCAACCUGGACAAGGCCAUAAAAGGGUGUAGUGCCGACCAACCCAGACUGCUACUGGCCCACCAGCCCAAGGCAGCUGAAAUGGCCUUUGCUUCUGAGCACAGGAUUGACCUUAUUCUAUCAGGUCACACCCAUGGAGGUCAGAUGUUCCCGCUGGUGAUCGGAGCAUACCUCACAAACCCGUACUACGUAGGACUUUAUCCCCACGGACAACACAGCCACAUCUAUGUAUCCCAAGGCACCAACUUCUGGGGUAUCCCAAUGCGCACAUUCACAUCAAAAGAGAUUGCUGUGAUAACUCUUAAAAAGAAAGUUUGAACAAAGCAAUUACAACAGUACCAUAUAAUCACUGUGAUUAUCAAAUAACCCUCCCUGCUUUUUUCUGUCAAAAACACAUGUAAGCACCCCCUUUCGUUCUGGUCACCCUCUUCAGCGACCUUUUGCAAAGAUUAAAAUCUGGUUAUUUAAAUGGAUAUUUAAUGCAUAAGAAUAUUCCAUUUCUAGUUUUAAAAGAAUAUAAGUGCAUUCUAAAGUAUGAUUUUGUUAGACCACAGGAUACACAAACAGAGAAUAUGUUACAAUGUUAAACCUGUAGAUUUAGUUUAUUUUUCUGACAUUCCAAAAUGUUGUCAAGAAGUCAAGAUAAUACUGUACAGACAUAUUCCUGUCUUAUUCUUAAUACUUGUAGCAUUUUCUUUAAAUACUCUUUUGAAUUCCAUAGUUGAAUUAACACAGUAGAUUUUAUGUAAACCGGAUACCCAUUACCUCAUCAUUUUGUUUAAAAAGAGUGCGUUUACUUAUUUACAUUAUCAGUGUCUGAACCAAAAUUUGGAUAAGACUAGAGUUCAGUUUAGGAAGAGCGUACUGUAUUUAUAUAUAGAGGUGAUUAUUAGCAUUACUAGACACAGGAUGAGAAAAAAAAUCCCAGACGAACAGCUAUAAUCACGAGAGUUUGAAUCAAGAGUGACUGCAGUUGAUAUUUAACUAAACCCUCAGGUAAGAUUUUUUGUUUCUCCUCAUAAAGUGGCCGGGGAGUUAUUAUUUUUCCCACCGUGGAAGAAGAAUUUUUUGGCAGGAAAGAAUGCUUUCUAUGCCAACAAGCCGGUUGUAAUAUGAUGUCACAUGAAUGUAACAAGUGAUGUCAUACAGUUGUAAGCACUGCGACAUCAGAAGCACAGAGGGAUGAUAGAGAAACCACUUGGGGCAAAAACAGGACAAAUCUGUGAAGGGUGGUAGACAGAUAUACCACGAAGUUACGGAAAUCAACGACAUAUCAGCAGAAGCCUAGCCAUGCAUUGAACAACUUUAUAUUUAUUUUCCUUUAUGUUUUAUUUUCGUUGUUUUUUCUCUUGUUAGUUUUAUAGAUAAUUUUAUGUGUGUUUUUGCUCUUGAUAUGUAAUAUAAAUCGAUUGUAAUCGGUAAACAUGGUAUUGCUCCAGAAUGAGUGUCUUUUAGACUCAAAAUUUGCCAUUUAGUAACACAUCAUAGCUCAUAUCGUACAUUGUUAGUAUUUAAUUACAAAAGUUUUUCCAAGGAUUCUUUUUCACAGUUUCAUUUCAAGAUCAAUAUUGAGGUUGCCAAAUAAAUUAGAUGCUUGGAAAUAGCAUUAUGUUGAUUAAAUAGAAUUAAACAAAAUCAUAUUUACGUUUUUUUACUUACUGGAUAACCUUCAUAUAUCUAGAUUCUAUCAAGUCAGUGAAGGUUGUUUUUAGCUGAUAUAGCGGUCAAGCGAACAAGCACCUGCUCAGAAUAUCUAAACUACACUAGUUAAUGUUAAAACAUGGAUACAAUUGUAACUUGUUAAUGUUAACAACUGUUAUGAGGUUGUUAACUAUAUCUAUAAAAGUUGGUUUUUUUUGUUUAAACAAAUGUUGUUCAUAACAGAUCUCAUAAUUUGAAUGUUGAAAGUUUAUGAAAUCAAAGAUUGGUACAGUAUAUAUAGGGAGUGCCAUGUGACAAUGAUUGAAAUGUUUGUGAAGUGUACCAGUAGCUGUGUAUAUAAAAGUUAGAUUGUGACAUGUUUAAAAUAGAAACUUUAUUUGUUUUAAAACAAUUAUGAAACAAAUUAUUUCGACUUUUAUUCAUCACUCAUGGUUACCCGAAUGUUAGUGUGCCGGGGGUAUUAAUGUGGGACGAAACCGGAGUACCCGGAGAAAACCCAGGUAGUCAGACAGGUGACCCCAAACCUUUUAACCUCAGGGGAAUCAAACCUCAGCCUCCUUGAGUUAUUCACCGCCCCACCCUACCAACCCAUAUAAUAUUGUUUGAUGCAUUUAUAUCCUGGGCACUGUACCACAGGACAGAACACCUCUGAAUGUUAGAUCAAUGCUCUACCGCCUGUCAGAGCUAUACGCGUUAGGUUUACUAUCAAUAGUCCCAGUCCAGUUUGUAGGAUAUGUUUUGAUUGUGGUUUGACAUGUCUGUUACAUAUUUUUAUGUGAGCUUUCUGUGAUAAAAUGUACAUGUACACCAUGCCAGUCACUGUAGA